UCGCCCGGCCAUUGGUCCGCCCCACCCCGGCCCGCAGACAGGCCCCGCCCCGGCACUGGCCCGCCCCGCGCGUUGGCCGAGCGGCCUGGAGGGCGGGUCCGGCGGCGCGCACAUCCGGCCGGUGGCCGGGCCCGGCGCGCACCGCCCCUUCCGCCGCCGCUCCCGCGAGCCCAGACCUAGCUCCAGCCCCAGUCCCGGCCCGGCCGCCCCGGCGUCGCUUCGGAGCGCGGCGGCAGCUGACUGCGCGUUCACGCCCCGCGGGGAGCAGCGAGCCCCGCCGCCGUUAUGAACAUCCGCAAUGCGAGGCCAGAGGACCUGAUGAACAUGCAGCACUGCAACCUCCUGUGCCUGCCCGAGAACUACCAGAUGAAGUACUACUUCUACCACGGCCUGUCCUGGCCCCAGCUCUCUUACAUCGCUGAGGAUGAGAAUGGGAAGAUUGUGGGGUACGUCCUGGCCAAAAUGGAAGAGGACCCGGAUGACGUGCCUCAUGGACAUAUCACCUCACUGGCUGUGAAGCGUUCCCACCGGCGCCUCGGCCUGGCUCAGAAACUGAUGGACCAGGCCUCCCGAGCCAUGAUAGAGAACUUCAACGCCAAAUAUGUCUCCCUGCAUGUCAGGAAGAGUAACCGGGCCGCCCUGCACCUCUAUUCCAACACCCUCAACUUUCAGAUCAGCGAAGUGGAGCCCAAAUACUAUGCAGAUGGGGAAGAUGCAUAUGCGAUGAAGCGGGAUCUCACCCAGAUGGCCGACGAGCUGAGGCGGCACCUGGAGCUGAAGGAGAAGGGCAGGCACAUGGUGCUGGGCUCCAUCGAGAACAAGGUGGAGAGCAAGGGCAACUCACUUCCAAGCUCGGGAGAGGCCUGUCGUGAGGAGAAGGGCCUGGCUGCUGAGGAUAGCGGUGGUGACAGCAAGGACCUCAGCGAGGUCAGCGAGACCACGGAGAGCACUGAUGUCAAGGACAGCUCAGAGGCCUCUGACUCGGCCUCCUAGAGCCUGCAUGCGCUCCUCUCCCUGCCCUGGCCUGCUCAUCCCAUCCUCACCCUGUGAGGUUUCACAAUAAACUUCACCCAGUGGC